CCAGAAUAGCAGUAGGCUACGACUUCUGGAAGCCUCAGGAAAAAAAAUGGCUGAAGUAGGUUCACCAAUAACUCGACAAGUAACUAAAGAACAUCGGGAAAUUGGGACCACCUCUGUCGAUAUUCGUCUUGAAGACGUCGAAGAUUGUUUAAUUUACGACCGGCAGGGAGUCGCUACUCCGUUCAAGAAAUUAUAUCAAGACAGGAAAUCGAUCAUAAUUUUCGUGCGGAAUUUCUUGUGCUACAUCUGUAAAGAAUAUGUGGAUGAUUUGAGCAAAGUACCUAGAGACACACUGCAGGGUGCUAACAUUAGACUGGUUGUGAUUGGUCAGUCUGCUCAUCAUCAUAUAGAGCCAUUCUGCUCACUAACGGGGUAUCCUCAUGAAAUAUACGUUGACCCGGAGAGGUGCAUUUAUCAAAAGCUUGGGAUGAAGAGAGAGGAGACAUUUACAGACUCAGCCCACCGUAGUCCCCACGUGAAGUCUGGUAUCUUUAUGGGACAAGUGAAGAGUAUAUGGAGAGCCAUGACUAGCCCUGCAUUUGACUUCCAGGGUGACCUACAUCAGCAAGGUGGAGCCAUCAUUGCAGGGCCAGGCUCUCGUGUUCACUUUUCCCACUUUGACAUGAACCGCCUGGACCACAUGCCCAUUAACUGGCUUCUGCAGCUCGCUGGAGCUCAAGAGACUCUGGACUUCAGCAACAAGCCAAAGGUCAUCCAUGUGUAGCCAGCGUCUAACAUGAAAGUGCACUUCGCUCUACAUUGUUAUCACGCAUGCAGGGAUGCCCACAUGAUGCUUGUUUAGUUACAUCACCAUUGUGCACUGACAAAUACAGUGUGUGUGUUGACUGAGUGGUAACUUUUUUUGUGAAAAUACUGUCUGCAGUCUGAAGGCAUUGAGUGGUGUGUGGUAGAGUGUGUAAGAGAGGUAUGAAUGCAUUACUGUUUUUUGCCAAGUUAAAUUUUCUACCUUUUCUAUGAGUUAUUCCAUUAUUUGUUAUGUUGUUUAAUCUGUUCCCAUGCUUAGUUUAAUGGUUGUUUGGUUAAUAUUUAUAAAUAGGCUACUCAAUAACAACUGAUGUUAGUAGUUGGUCUUAUCAGAGUAUUCUAUUUAUACUCACUUUUCUCAGCAUGUUAAUUAUACUGAAAAUAAAGUUUAAUUACUAUUU